UGAAAGGCCUCGACAAUUGUGCCGCUGAUGGUGGUGCAUCAUAUGAGACAUUGUUAACAACAGUCAAGGAAAUGGGUAACUAUGUUGUUGAUGAGGAAGUGCAAGUAGAGUUGCGUGACUGCAAGGACAGUUUAAAUGCCAGUAAAAUUUACUUGAAGACAGACUUUAAAGCACACCUCAGGAAAUGUGAUAAAUGUCCAGAUCACUGUAUCAAUUAUUCUUUGAGUGAUCCAACAGACCAACAUCUACAACAGCACUGUGUCGACCAUCAGCAUGACAUAGUAUGUGAGAGAUGUAAUUUACUUCCACAAGCAGUCUCUACCAUCAAAAGACGUCUUUCUGAAUUAGACAUACCAGAUGAAGUUAGAAAUGAUCUGCUGGCCAGUAUAGAUGUAGCUGAGGCUAAGAUUCUUGAAUGGAAGAGUCAUAUUGUAAGAGGUGUCAACCAAGAUCUAGCAAGGAUCCUACUAUUAGAGGAAUUGAAAUAUGGAGAAUGUCUCAUAAUCAUGGACUGGGCUAUGAAAUUCCUUCCUUUAGCAUUUCGUGAGAAACAGAGUGAUUGGUUUGGCCAAAAAGGAGUUAACUGGCAUGUUUCAGUGUGUAUUUUUAAAGAUGAAAAUCAGAAUUUAAUGCAAAGAACAUAUACACAUACAAUGGAUGCAGUUAAACAAGAUUGGGUUGCAGUAGCUUCCGUGUUAGAGCACACUUUAAGAACAAUAAAAAUUCAGCUUCCCAGAAUCAACACAGUAUACUUGAGAAGUGAUAAUGCAGGAUGCUACCAUUGUGGCAGUCUUUGGCUGGCUAUACCUAAGAUCACUGAAACAACUGGCAUAACAAUUGCACGGUAUGACUAUAGUGAGCCACAAAAUGGUAAAUCAUAUUGUGACGCAAAGAUUGCCCAUAUGAGAGGGAAAAUCAGAAGAUCAGCUGCAUCUGGUAGUGAUGUUUUAACUGCCUCAGAUAUGAAAAUGGCCAUUGACAAACAUGGUGGAGUAACAUCCUGCCAAGCAGCAUAUGUAGCUGUAGAACCUAUUUCUCUCGUUAAGAAGAUCACCUGUCCUAUAAAGGCAAUUACAAAGAUUUCAAAUGUCAGAUUCAACAACGAUGACACAAUAACAGCCUGGAAGGCAUUUGAAAUUGGAAAUGGGAAGAAGAUUUCUAUAAAUAGUACUUUAAAUGAUGUAGAAUUGAAUGUUGAUGUCCAUGCAAACUUUACAAUUCCUACACAACCUGAUGGUAUUAUAAAAAAACCAACUAUGCCAAAACAGACAGAUUCAGAGUCAUUUAACAUCAGUUGUCCAGAAAUUGGCUGUAUACUGUAUUUUGAAUCGUACAGUGACAUGAACAACCAUUGUCUGCUAGGCAACCAUGAACACCAAGAUCAUAAAGGAAGCACCUUUAAUGAUAUUAAAUUGAGAUGGAAGGAGUCGUGCUUUAACCUAACUGAAGACACAAUCAAAUUCAGAUGUGAGACUGGGUUAAAGCAAGGCUCCAAUGAACAAAUAAUGGGAUGGGCCUUAAAGAAGGAAAGAAAGGUUGUAAGAUUUUCAGACAAUGUAAAAUCUUACUUGAGCACUUUUUGA